AUGGCCAACAAUGAGACUGAGACUGCUCCUUCUAUCGACAGUGCCACCACCACUGCUGCUGUGAGUGUGCAUGGAAAUAAUGACCCGGAAAAAGGACUCGCACCAUCUGAAAAAGACGAACCACCUGCUGAGAAGUCAAUUGCUGCUGGCCCAGCACCAGCAACACCGGUGAUCGGUCCGCCUCCUGAUGGAGGUGCGCAGGCAUGGCUGGUCGUCCUAGGAGCUUUCUGUGGUCUAUUCGUCAGCUUCGGCUGGAUCAACUGCAUCGGAGUCUUCCAAGAAUACUACCAAAGUCACCAACUGAGCGAGUUCUCCACCAGCACAGUAACAUGGAUCACAUCGCUAGAGACCUUCAUGAUGUUCUUCUGCGGCCCAAUAUUCGGAACUAUGUUCGAUAGCUACGGCCCGCGCUGGAUCCUCCUCCUCGGCACAGUCCUCCACGUCUUCGGCCUAAUGAUGGCUUCCCUCUCAACAGAGUAUUACCAAUUCAUCCUGGCUCAAGGAAUCUGCAGUCCAAUCGGCGCAAGCGCCAUCUUCAACGCCUCCGUCAACUCCGUCAGCACCUGGUUCGCUAAGCGUCGUGCUUUCGCCCUUGGCGUAACAGCCGCUGGAUCCAGUCUGGGCGGAGUCAUCUUCCCUAUAAUGGUCACCCAACUGAUUCCUAAAGUUGGGUUCCCCUGGGCGAUGAGGAUUUGCGCCUUCCUCAUUUUGUUCAUGUUGGGUAUCGCCAAUCUCACGCUGAAGUCGAGAUUGCCGCAUCGCCCGAAGCCAUUUGAUAUCCUGAGUUUCGUGAGGCCGUUGGCUGAGCUCAAGUUCGCGCUUACACUUGCUGCUGCCUUUUGCUUCUUCUGGGGCAUGUUCUUGCCAUUCACUUUUGUUAUUACCCAGGCGGAGAGAUAUGGCAUGUCUUCCAAUCUAGCCGAGUACCUGAUUCCAAUUUUGAAUGCGUCUAGUAUCUUCGGCCGCACGCUGCCAGGUUAUUUCGCCGACAAAGUCGGCCGCUACAACAUGAUGGUUGUAACAACGUUCUUCUCGGCCAUCCUCGUCCUAGCCCUCUGGCUACCAUCGAAGGGCAAUGUCCCGGCAAUUUUGUUCAGCGCCCUAUACGGAUUCGGCUCUGGUGCAUUUGUCUCACUUGCACCAGCCCUUGUCGCGCAGAUCUCCGAUCUUCGCCAGGUGGGCGUGCGUAACGGCACUUUCUUUGCUGUCAUCUCAUUUGCGGCGUUGACUGGUACUCCUAUUGGAGGUGCUUUGGUUCCGGAUGUCCUCCAUGGUAGUUAUACUCGGCUACAGAUAUUCUGUGGUGUUGUUAUGAUUGUUGGGUCGAUUUUGUUCGUUUUGGCCAGGGGGCUGUUGGCCGCAAGGGGGGCGAACAUCACCUUCCUCACUGACCAACAUGUGCCCGGCGCCAAUCUGACAGGCAAAUGGAUUAUUAUCACCGGAUCCAACAACGGCGUUGGCUUCGAAGCCGCAAAAUCCUUCGCAUCAUGGGGCGCAAACCUAAUCCUCGCCUGCCGCGAGCCACCCGCAUGGGAACUACAUCCAACAGCCGCUGUGAACGAAUGUAAAGAGCUUGCCGCGGCGCACGGCCAUGAGUCCACCAUUGAAUGGUGGCAAGUCGACAUGGCAGAUCUCAGCAGCGUCGAAGCUUUCUGUCAAAGGUGGUUGCAAUGCGACCGCGCUUUGGAUAUCCUAUGCAACAAUGCCGGUCUUGCGGAGUCUACCAAGCAAAAUCGUAUGACGAAAGAUGGGUUCCAACUGGUUCAUCAGGUCAACUUCUUAUCCCAUGUACUACUGACCCUCCGACUCUUACCAUCUCUAGCUCGCAGUGCCGAGCCGCGAGUUAUCUGCACGACCUCCUGCUUCCACCAUCUAGGAUCUUUCGAUCUGGAGCACUUCAAUGGUGAACCAGGCAUGAAGGGCAAUGAUUAUCGGAACAAUAAGCUUUACUUUCAAAUGUGGGUUGCAGAGUUGCAGUCGAGACUCCUCAAGAACCCCGAGUACCUCCACAUCACAAUCAACGGUGUCCAUCCCGGCUUUGUGGCUUCGGGUAUAUGGGACGGUCUUCAGGACACGGGCAAAGCCCCGGGCGGACUGAACUUGCUUUUGCGCUAUGUUGCUAUCACGUCGCAGCAGGGUGGAUUGGCUAUUGCUCAUGCAGCUACUAGUUUGGAGUUUGGACCAGAUCCUAAGAAGCAGGGCGUUGGCGCGGAAAAUGGGCGUGGUGGAGGGAAAUAUAUCAAUCGGAUAUGGGAGGGGCCUGCGAGAUCAUACUGUAAUGACCCAGAGGCUAGAUUGAGAGUGUGGACUAAACUGGAUGAGGAGCUUGGUUUACAAGAGAAGGGCCUUCUGACGGGUUUGGGUCUUUAAUGCAACGAACUCUAUGCCAAUAAGCAGUCCGAAUGGUUAUACUAAAAAUAUACCAAGAAAGCAUAU